GUCAACUCUACAUCCUAAACUCCAUUUCAUAUUUGUUAAUGCCAUCCACUAAAACCAUAGGACACUCCCAACUAUUUAUCCCCCUUCAUCCUCCAUCGCUUCUACUAAACUCCAUUCCAUAUCUAGUGAUCCCAAAAGUGUGAAACAAUGGGAAACUAUAGGUUUACACUAUCUUCCAUGAUCCCCAUUAAUGCAUGGCUCUACAAACUCAAGCACAUGAACAAGAAGAAAAACACCACCACCACCACCACCACAAAGAGAGACCACAAAAUCAUCACCUCAUCAUCAUCAUCAUCAUCUUCAUCUCCCCCAAACCAAACCUCCAUCCUCCCAAGAAGACCCUCAAACUACCUCUCAACAAGACCUCAAACUCAAAACAACAACCUCCCAAACUCCCUACACACUCCCUCACCUCUAGACCCUCCAAGGAAGUCCAAGAGAAGAUCAAGAAGAAACCCGGAAACCGAUCAAUCUUCAUCAAACUCUAAUCAUGUUUUCCAUGUCAUCUCUAACCUUCAACUGCCACCGGUUGCAACAAAGUCUACGGUGAAAAACAAGGUUCACAGGAGAAAAGUGCACAUAAAGUCUCCAAGAUUGAGCGUGUGCAUGACAAAGAAGAGCCUUGCAAUGGCGCAAAGUUUUGCGAUAAUGAAAUCAUCAUCUAAUCCACAGAAGGACUUCGAGGACUCCAUGAUGGAAAUGAUCGUCGAGAAUAAUAUUCGGUCACCCGGUGAUCUUGAAGAACUCUUAGCUAAUUAUCUUUCACUCAACUCUUAUGAGCAUCAUGGUCUUAUUGUCAAGGUGUUUGAGCAAAUAUGGUUCAAUCUUGGUCAUUCUUAGAAUGAUAUCAUUGUUCAAUAUUCAUGUGUGUGUA